AUGCCCGGCUCUGUCUGGCUCGCUGCCGCCAUGCUGCUGCUCACCGCCCCGUCAGAGCUGAGGCCCGACCACCGAGCCUUCGAGCACACUCCUAUCCUGAGACACCACCACAGGUGGCGUGAGACAUCGUCCAGCAAGCCCGGCUCUGUCUGGCUCGCUGCCGCCAUGCUGCUGCUCACCGCCCCGUCAGAGCUGAGGCCCGACCACCGAGCCUUCGAGCACACUCCUAUCCUGAGACACCACCACAGGUGGCGUGAGACAUCGUCCAGCAAGCCCGGCUCUGUCUGGCUCGCUGCCGCCAUGCUGCUGCUCACCGCCCCGUCAGAGCUGAGGCCCGACCACCGAGCCUUCGAGCACACUCCUAUCCUGAGACACCACCACAGGCACAAGCACAAACACGCUCAAGUUAUACCCGAAUUCGACCCCCUAGACGAGACACCCUUCUUCGACCCUAUCUCCAGUUUCAAAGACAUUAGCUUCGUAGAGAAAGAUUUGAUACACAACGAUUUGUUCAACGAAAAGACGGAUUGGGUGAACAUGUCGAACGACCAAGUGGGAGAGCUGAAGGACAAGAAACACCACCCCCAUUGGCCCAUCAAGAGAGAGGCGGUCAUAGAAGGUGACCUGGUGCUAGGUGGUCUGAUGAUGGUGCAUGAGAGAUCUGACAGCAUGACGUGUGGGCCGGUCAUGCCCCAGGGAGGAGUUCAAGCGUUGGAGACCAUGCUUUACACCUUGGAUAUCAUAAACAAUGACCUGAAGUUGGUGCCGGGAGUGACGCUUGGCGCUCAUGUUUUAGAUGACUGUGAUAAAGAUACUUAUGGAUUGGAGAUGGCUGUUGAUUUUAUCAAAGGUUCCAUAAGCAACAUCGACGACGCGGAGUACGCGUGCAACGCGACGGCGGUGCGCAAGGUGAUCUCGGGCGUGGUGGGCGCCGCGUCCAGCGUCACCUCCGUGCAGGUCGCCAACCUGCUGCGCCUCUUCAAGAUCCCGCAGGUGUCAUUCUUCUCAACAUCUCCCGAGCUGUCCAACAAGGCCCGGUUCGAGUACUUCACGAGGACGAUACCUUCGGACCUGCACCAAGUGCGGGCGAUGGUGGAGAUCGUGAAGAAAUUAGGGUGGAGCUACGUCUCCAUCAUCUAUGAAGAGUCCAGCUAUGGGAUAAAGGCUUUCGAAGAGCUGGAAGCGUUGUUAGCACGCAACGGCAUCUGCAUAGCAGUGAAGGAGAAGCUGGUGAAGGACUCAGGAGUGGCAGACGAGAGGGCCUACGACGACAUCGUCCACAAACUUCUGACCAAACCACGAGCCAGAGGUUAG